AAACUGCGGUCCCAUCCCGUGACCCGUAAAGUGUGGAGUCGCUCCUCGCAUUCAGACAUUCAGUUAACGACUUCAGCUGCGGCAGGUUGCGACGCUACGUUCGAUACGCUUUCUGCACCUUGAUUGUUCUAAGUCGUAAAAUCUGCCUCAAUUGACAUUAGCACCGACAGAUACAUCAUACCAACAUCAAUUUUUGUUAAUUCCCAGCGACAAGGUUCAAUCGCCUAAGCGAAGUACACUCCGAAAAUCAUAAUUUCCAGGAGGGUCUUCGAAAUCCCUCCUAUCACCAACUGUCCAACGGCUAGCAACAUUUCAUUUGAGCAAGGAGGCGAGUUUAAAGUUGAAGAAUCAUGCAUCCGUCUGCCGCAUCUGUCCUCUGUUACUCGUGGCGUGAAAUCAGGACCCCUGGAGGACGUCUUUUAUCCGGCGGGGAAUACGGAAGAGACCUAUUUAAAUGUAGAAACUAUACCGUUGCUGAGUCCGAAGAUGGAAUCAGAACUAUUACAGGAGUCUUGGGCGUUACCACAAAAUACCCAGGAGAUGACGAGUACACCGAGUCCAGUGUCAUUCAACUGGGAAGAAAAUUUUCAGGAUCUAAGCGGAUGGUGUAUGGAUCUUCCAAUACCGUUCCCAGAACCAUGCGAUUUUCUUAUAGGUGAAGAAACAGCUUUGAAAAUAUCAGAUACUGAAAUGGAUGGUAAUCAGGUUUCAAUUAUCCAAGAGGGGGAUGUCAAAGGAGCUUCAAGCGUAGAAAGUAGGCAGUUCACUACUGUUGGUGGUGAUACUUCCGGCUCGAAGUUGUCCGAUGUCCCUGUGAUACCAACAGCCCAACAAAUAAAAUACGAAGAAUUAACGCAAUAUCCGAAUACAUCGCACGUCCCAGAAGAAGUCAACGUACGCGACGUUUUGUUAAACUUACUCGGCACCAGCGAUUCCGCAAGUCAUGGUCUACCCAAUAUCAUAGCUGAGGAUGUCGCGCAGCAUCCUCUGCCCUGGAUCACCAACGUGGACGUCGAAGAGGAUGAUACAACAUCCAACCAUCAUAAAUCCUUAGUCAAUAUCAACGUGGAUGAAACUUACACUGGGACAUUAGGCUCCAACAGAAAUCAUCAAGAUACCUGGGAGGAAGUCGUCUGUCCUAAAAAGAACUCAGAAUUCGACUUGCUGUCGUAUCUCAGUGACGACAAAAUAUUUUCAUCCGCAAGUGAUGAUGCUACACAUUCAUCAUUGAUGUCAGAAUCUACAACAGCGUCCACAUUGAACAAUAUCAGAAAUAACAAUCCAAGAACAGUCCAACCAGUCCGACAACGAUCGGCGCAUUACUCUAUAACUUCUACGUCUUCAUCCGCGUCGACGUCUUCUUUAUCUUCUACAGUAUCAUCUAUUUCAACGACACAAACUUGUGAAAGCUUCUCUAAGCGUGUAUCGAGAACUUCUAAUCGUCAUAAAACUUCGUAUGAGCAACUCGUUAAGAAAGAGCCAAGGGAAAGCCGUAGGGGGGUAAAACGAUACACAGAGAGUGACUCUGAGGAUGAUGGUGCGUCUGACUACAGUUACAGAGAAUCUCGUGACAAAAAUAACGAAGCCUCCAGGAGGUCACGCAUGAACAAAAAGGCCAAGGAAAGAGAAAUGAAUAAAAAAGCCAUAGACUUGGAAAAGGAUAAUAGGAUACUUAAGAUGAAGGUGGAGAAACUAGAAAAGGUAGUCAUAUCGAUGCGCACCGCAUUGUUAAAUUCAGCUUUGAAUAAGGACUUGCGAAAAUGACAGUUCGGGGAUGGCCUUAAGUUUUCAUAGAUCAUGAAUCGUUCUUAACUUAUUUUAUGAUCAAUUUGUGACAUCCGUCGCUCUGCAUGUUGUCCAUAUGAUGUAUGAACAUCAGUACAUCCUGAAUUUAAAGAAAAACUCUCUUUUUCAAUUUCGUAAUUAACUUUGAUAUUUUCUUCAUGAUCAUUAUUUUUCUUGCCAGGUGAUUUUUGAACAAUCUUACUAAUAUCGACCAUUUGAUAAUCAUUUAUUGUUAUCUUUGUUAUCAUAUCGCGUCUCUCGAGUUGGGUAUUUUUUUACGAUAAAUAUUUUUUAAACACUGGAUGCAUAUUCAAACAAUUGCGUUAAGGAUCACAAUCAUCAUAUGAGAACAGAUUGUAAUUAACCAACCGAUCACAAUUAUUUUUACUUUGUACUGUUUCUUAUUUAGUGCCUAUGUAAGGCUCAACAGUACGAAUCAAUAAAUUAAUCUCCAAAAACGUA